AUGCAAGAGGGUGAAUUCUCUAGCACUACUACAAGCUUCAAGCGUGGCAAAAAGCAAGCUGUGACACGAAGGAUUGUUCCAGAAAUUGGCUAUGGACUUUCGCCUACUCGAUGGCACUAUUUGAGAGGUGGAAAGGGGAAGAGGGCUGGGAAAAUGGUGAAUUUUAGGAUUCCUUUAGCUCCAAAACAAGACGACAGACAUGAUGAGCACAAAGGGCUUCCUACAACAACCCAAGAAAUUCCACAACGGCGACGAAGUAUUACAUUCGUAAUUAUCAUCUGGAGCGCAACCUGGCCUCUCUCCAUUUCACACUGUCAAACCGCAUCACUCCUAUUGGUCAGCAAUUUACCAGAAGCUCCAGCCAUGUCUGGCCCUACGAAAUACAUGCUGGUAUCUCUACCAACAUCUAUUUCCCAAUCCAGCGAUCAAGAUGAAGCUUUAACAGCUUUACGGUCUACAAUUUCCAACGAUAAUGGAACUACUAUACCAUUCAAGAUCCCUGAGUUCAAGAUCGGUACACUGGAUGCAUUGGUUGGGCAAGCAGAUGAUCUUGCAAAGUUAGACGGCACUUGCCAAGGUGUUGUAGCAAAAGUUGGGGAAUCUCUCCGUAAUUUAUUGGAAGGAGAUGAGAGCAAGAUUGCACAGCAGAAGACUGUAAAUGAUAAACCCGCGGAUCAAUACCUACGUACUUUCUCAUGGAACAAAGUCAAAUAUCGUGCCGACAAACCACUCGCAGAGUUAAUCGAUUCAUUACAAAAGGAACUUGUCAGUAUCGAUAAUGAUGUUAAGGGUAAAAUGAACCAGUACAAUCAGGUUAAGACGAAUCUUACAACUUUACAGCGGAAACAAACUGGAAACCUCUCUACGAAAUCCCUCACUCCAGUCGUCGAUCCCAAAUUACUCGUACAAGACUCCGAAUACCUCGAAACUCACCUGGUUGUUGUUCCAACAAAUGUCAAAAAGGACUUUCUCAAGACUUAUGAAACCAUAUCGCCUAUGGUUGUCCCACGAUCCUCAGUUGAAGUCACCCACGAUGACGAAUUCACAUUAUUCGCAGUCACAACUUUUAAAAAGCAUAGCGCAGAGUUCCAACUUAAAUGUAGGGAAAAUAAAUGGACUCCUCGUGAUUACAAGUACGUAGAGGGUGGAAAGGAGGAGGAAAGAAAAGAGGCUGAACGAGUAGGUAAGGAUGAGCGUAAGGUAUGGGGUGAAGCUUUGAGACUCAGUAGAACUGGUUGGAGUGAAGCUGUUAUGAUUUGGAUACAUGUCUUAACUUUGAGGGUAUUUGUUGAGACAGUCCUGAGAUAUGGAUUACCCCUGGAUUUCGUCUGUGGUCUGGUCAAGUCAAGCCCUAAAGGAGCAAAGAAGGCGAAAGCGGCUCUCGAUACAACAUAUGGUUACCUCGGAGGUAAUGCCUUCGGUCGAGAUAAGAAAGGAAAGGCUCUCAAAGAUGACUCGGCAUUAUCAUCAGAGAUAGCUGCAGCAGGAGUUGGCGGACAAGAAGGCAAUGAAUAUACGGCCUAUGUCUAUUACGAAUUCGAAAUCAUAUAG